CACGACGGUCACGUGAUACCACUAUGCGCCAUUACGAUUUGUCAACAGACGGAAUAUUCUAAGAAGGGGUGGACAAUCUUGUAUCAUCGGCUUUCCUGUGUAGUUAAUUCGGAUUUGUGAGGGAUCUCUAGAUACAAUUAGCUAUCAUUUAAAGAUGUGGAAACUUAGAGAGAUAACUGAUAAAGUCACCAAUGUGGUGAUGAACUACUCAGAAGUGGAGACAAAAGUCAGAGAAGCCACCAAUGAUGAUGCAUGGGGGCCUCAUGGUCAAAUCAUGCAAGAAAUUGCCAGAUACACAUUUACAUAUGAACAUUUCCCAGAGGUGAUGGGCAUGCUGUGGAAACGUAUGCUUCAUGACAAUAAAAAGAAUUGGAGGAGAACAUACAAGUCCUUGCUUUUGUUGGCAUACCUAGUCAAAAAUGGAUCUGAAAGGAGUGUAACAAGUUGUAGAGAACACCUUUAUGACCUCCGCGCACUGGAGAGUUACACCUUCACGGAUGAAUUAGGAAAAGACCAAGGCUUAAAUGUGAGAACAAAAGCAAAGGACCUUGUAGAAUUCAUCCAAGAUGAUGAACGGUUACGAGAAGAACGUAAAAAAGCCAAAAAGAAUCGAGAUAAAUAUAUUGGAAUGUCUGGUGAUAGUUAUUCAACAAACAGAUAUAGUGACAAAUAUGACGAGGAACCUUCCUCUGUAGGAGGGGGCAGAUCAAAUCACAAUUUAGAUGAGAUUGAUGAUUGGGAUUCUGGCAACAAAUCUAUAGCAUCAGAAGCAGUGGACAAGGUCAAAGGGUUAUGGAAUAAAGUUCAAGGUCGCAGAGGUCCUGAUGAUAUUGUGGACUAUAGCUCAAACCGUGCCCCUGGCAGGAAGAACAGUUUGACUGACUUUAGGUACAGUAAACCUGCAAGUGAUGAACCAGACAAUAAGGUAGAUGACUAUGAUGAUGGGCCCAGUUCCAAAUAUUCUUAUAAAGAUGAUGAUGAAGAGUUCACUUCUGUCGAACGCACUCACACAACCAGAACAGAAAAAAUCACAACGAAUCGGCGCACAAGAUCAGUCGGGAAAAAACUAGAUUUAGGGGCAUCUUCCAAUUUAGCAAAAGAUAAAUCCGACACAACGUCACAGACCAGUAGUACCGGUGUCCGGGAAGACACAGGACCCAGUUUGAUUGACAUGGGACUAGCGAAGUCAAAUGAUGACAGCUUCUCAGAGUUUGCUGAUUUCAAAUCAGCAGCUGCAAAUGGUGACUUCAACCCUAGGGCUGGUACAGUAGCAGUUUCUCCGAACAAAGACUUUGGUGACUUUGCAAGUUUUGAUAAUAGUGCCAAUACUGCAAAACCAGUGGGAAGUGAUGGCUUUGCAGAUUUCUCUCAAUUCAACCCAGCUGCAGCAAGCUCCUCAAAUGCAGCACCAGCGAGUAAUGAAUUAUUGGAUGUGUUUGGAAACAGUUCUGUGUCAACAGCUGUACCUGCCAAUAGUUCUGCGAUAGGCACUCCAAUGAUGGCCAACAUGCAGCCCAUGAAUAAUAUGUCCAUGCCUGGAAUGAAUUCACCCAUGAUGGGGGUCAAUAUGAAUAUGGGUAUGACCGGAGUGCCAAGCCAGAUGGGAAUGAACCCACAGAUGAUGGGGGUGACAUCACAGCCACAGAUGUCUGGAAUGAUGGGGCCCAUGGGAAUCCCACCACAGCAGUCCAUGAUGAUGACGCCUGGGAUGCCACAGAACAUGGGAUUUACAACCAAUUUUCCAAUGCAGGGCACUGGAAUGGUUGCAGAAAAUACAGAAAUAACUAGCAUAACUACGUCCACAUCUGAAAGCCAGCAGAACAGUCCCAACACCUGGUCAGAUACAGGAAAAGUCAACAUCAGUCUGGAUGGGUUAAAUUCCCCAAAUAAAUACCAGAAACAAUCACAGCCGUCCAUGAACCAGUUACAACAGCAGAAUAAUUCAGGAGUCCCAUUUAACACUUGGAGCCCUGAAAUGUAUCAGAUGGGGUGCCCAACUGACUAUGGAAUGAUGAUGGGGAAUCAACCAGGAAUGCCAGGAUUGCAACAAGGAAUGCAGAAUAUGUCACUAAACCAGGGCAACAUGAUGGGCCAGCCCCGUCCCAUGAUGGGACAAAUGGGAAUGUCAGUUGGCAUGCAAGGAAACAUGGGAAUGCAGACAGGCAUGAUGGGAAAUAUGGGAAUGCAGAGUAAAAUGAUGGGGCAGAGUAGUUUUCAACAAAGAACUGAUGCGGCAUUUAGUUCCUUUGGUAAUUUAGGAAAGUGAAUUAAAAACUCCACAGCAUUUUAAGCUGUAAAUACCGAUUCACAAGGACAGAAAUCUCCAUCGUAAAAAAAAUGUGAAGUACACUGGAGACAUACAGACAGUACUAGAAAUCUCGCUUAUUUUCAGCAGUGCUGUAUAAUAACAUAGAUCUCUUUAUACAGUGUUAUAUAUCAUGACUUGUUGUUUGCAAGAUGUGGAUGUUGAAGUCAUUCAAUGAAUAGAACAGUAAAUUAAUUUUGUUUUUGAAUGUGCAAUAAUUUUGUUUAUCAAGUAGGUAUAAAGAAAUUUUUAAAAUAUUGGUAUUUAGAAAAGAAAUAUUGUGUAACCCACGAAAGCUUAAAAUUGUACAGCAUGAUAAAACCUACCAUUUUCUUGCAAUAGCUGUACUAUUUUAAACUUUCAAUCCCCAUCACAAAUGUAUACUAUUAGCUGUGCUAUUUUUAUGCAUGCUCAAGAUCUUUAAUGCAUGCACACAUGCUACGUACAUGUCAUCAAAAAUUGUUUGUGGUUGUGAUAUAAAUGAAAAGACUCCAAGUUUAGGCAUGGAAAUUAACUUCACUGAAAACUUACGUGUUAUCUGCAUUAUAAUUACAUUUUUAUAUAUGUAUGCUGUAACCAGUUCAUUUGUCCUUUUGUUUGUAUUUUUUCUUCAUGAAAUUGUCCAACUUUUAAUUCCUUUAGAUAAUAGGUCAAUUUUCAGCAUUAUCCCAACAAUUAUGUACAAGUGUGUGAAAUGUAAAUUUCAGUAAUGUACAUGUAUUUCAUGUGUUUAACAUUUAUAUAGAUUUUAUUCCAGAUUGUCUCCCCAUUUCACAGUAAACAAAAAAAGUGUCUUACAAAAUUCUUGAAGAGUUAUCUCACCAUUGUUCAUCAUAAAUUAAAAAUCCAAAACGCAUCAAAUAUUAUCACACGAAGAACAUAUCAUGGUGUUGGAUAGAUGGAGCAGUUGUGUGUAUUACGGUGUUAUUACAACAUUCCAUUGUAGUUCGGGGUAAAUGGAAAACUUGCUCAUUUACACUGCUUCAUUUCAGAAGCAAUUGCUUUGAAGUGGAGGGAUUGUUGAAAGCAUUUUGAGUAUCAAAAUUCAUUGAAUAACAUUACAGAAGUGUCAUGAGUGAAUAUAAUGCCUGUUUGUAAUACAGUGAAUGGAAAUGUGGGUCCAAUGCUUUAGAAUGGGAAAUUACUAUAUUGCGAUGUAGAUGUUGGUAGUAACUGUUGUAGAGCGAAACGAAUUUAAUAUGGAAACUUUACGAACUAUUGUAUGGUGUCUAUAGCAAAUACUUGUACAUAGGUUAACAUUAAUUUAUAUAAAGAUGCAGUAUACAUAUAUUUUGUUGAAAAAAUAUUUCAAACUCUUUUUAAAAAAAGUGAUUUUAUCACUUUAAUAGAUAUUUCAAAAUAUUGUUAAAGUGUAUGAAUUUGAUUCUAUGAAAACAAUUUUCUAUAUACAUCUAUUUACAUAAUGAUGAAUGUAUGUACUGUAUAUUCAGUUAUUUUUAAUGUGAUAUGUAUGAAUGGAUUAUACAUACUGUUGUAUACAAGAUGCAGUAUUAUAAUAAAGGAACAGAAAUUGUC